CUCAAAAUAUAUAUAUAAUAUAAUCUCUCAAGCAUGAAUAAGAUAGCCAGAUUAGCUCAUUCCGCAGCAAGAAAAUGGGAAAUGACGGAUAAAUGUUUACCUAAUAAAUAUCUUUUGUAUCGGGAUCAAAAUUUGAGGCCACAGAUAUGAAAACGAAGGCAAAAUAUAUGGUUGGAGGGUUAACAAUUUCUAAGGAAUGGAAUGAAAAGGAACAAGAAGAUCCUAAAAUGAAAUUUAUAAACGAAGUAGCAUGGAAGAAGUAUAUCAGGCAUGAUCGAUGGUUACACAGAAAUAUCUAUCAGCGGUUUUUAGAUGUUUCAGACUCUGUAGGAAAAAAACUGGUGUAUCGUAAAAACCGAGUACUUUUGAACGAUUAUAGAUAUAUUAUCCCAUCGGGUGUUUGGGCCGAUAUAGGCUCCCAAAUGAUGCUUGAACAUUCAUAUGGUGAAACAUGGAAAUCGGACUGCAUAGUUGUCGCUAUGACGGACAAUCCUCCGUUAGCGCGUCAUUUAUCACGUCAUAAAUGCAAAGUCGUUCAAAUUUAUCGAUGCGAUGAUGGCAAUUUUUUCAAGGGAAACAAAAUAGACACUAAGAAUGAAAGCGAUGAUGAAUUAUUGAUUUUUGUUUAUCUAUAUGGAAUGGAUGAUAACAAAGAACUUUUCAAAUAUAUCAAAUAUAAGACUCACGACAAAACCUGUUCUUUGAACGACAAUACUGUCAAGGAGAUAAUGCUCAAACAGUAGAAAAUUUAACAAUUAAUAAUUUCAAAGAAGAGAAGGACGUCAUCUUCAUCCGAUUAUCCUAUUCUAUUAAAUA